ACGAAGCAAAAAAAUUAACAUGGCUCAAGAAUCGAAGCCUCUCGUCGUUGCUCUCCUCCUCUGCCUCAUGAUCGCCAAAGGCAACUGCCUCUGCAUGGGCUGCAUGAACGACCACGUCGUCGUCAGCCAGCUCGCCGACGACCGGAGCAAGGUCGGCGGCGGCGGCGGCGGCGGCGGCGCGGGCACGCUGUUCAAGGUGACGGUGGCCAACCAGUGCUGCUGCGACGUGGGGCACGUCGUCGCGGCGGCGCCGGGGUUCCGGAGCGCCAUCCCCGUCGACCCCAAGCUGUUCCGGCGGAACCCCGGCGGCGAUCGGGAGAGCUACCUCGUCGGCGACGGCGGGGCGAUCCGUGCCAACGGGAGCGUCACCUUCUACUACGCGUGGAGCUCCAUGUUCAGGAUCAGCGUCGUCGGCAUGACUGUGGCGAACUGCCUGUAGGAUUACGCAGGGAAAAUUAAUUGCUUCAAAUGGGAUGAGUCAUAGUCCGUGUUCAAAAAUUCCGGAAUGAAAUUUCUGAAAUUUUUAACCC